UUGAUAUAAUCUGUUGUACACAUUACCGUGGCUGUCAUUUCAUUGAUGGUGGUGCCGUAUGUCUCCUAGUUUUAUUUUUAAUUAUUUUUCUUGAAGUCAUGUUAAUUUAACCACAAAUGAAAACAUGUCACUCAGGGAAAAUUUAAUUGAACUUGGCUGGCAUCUAAGUGAAGAAGGUGUUGAUAUUGUUAGUGAAAAUGGUCAAAUAGAAGAUAUAGAUAUUAUUACGAAGAAAGCAUUAGAUUAUGAUUUAAGAGAUAUUGGAGACGCAGCGCUUCCUGAAGACUUUACUAAAGAGCCGUCUAAGUUAGAGAAGCCAGUAAUACUGCAAAUACAGAAGAUUAGGAAUGUAUCAGCUCCGAAGGCAAAUGAGGAAUCAACAUCUGCUCCUCGAAUGCUUAAGUUAACGUUGCAUGACGGUAAAACAACAUGUACAGGCCUAGAAACGAGUCCUAUAUCCAGUUUAAGUAUUAAUACUCCUCCGGGCACAAAGGUGUUGCUAAGCAAUGAAGGGCUCGAAGUGUGCCAUGGUGUGGUGUGGUUGGUGCCAGAUGUUAUAUCAGUUUUGGGGGGAAAAGUUACUCAUAUGAUAGAAAAGUGGGAACUAAAUAGGAGUCUUGCCAAGCAUACUAGAGGGGGUAUAGGAGUAGACGGUGGACCUCCCCCAUGGAUUCCAUUUGGACAGAGACUUGAAGCUCUCACAUUAGAUAAGCAGUUCAAGAGUUUGUCGGAAGCUGCCAAGCAGGACAAUGCAGAGUUCGAAGCUCAGAGGAAAGGGGCCAUUGCUGAAGCACAGAAAUUAUCUUCUGGUGUUAAGAAGGUCUUUGGCGGAGGAACUAAACCUUUAUUGGAUGCUAAUGUCCAAAAGAUAGUUGAUGCAGGAUUUUCAGAAGAACAGGCUGAAAAUGCUCUUAAAUACACCAAGAAUAAUGUUGACAGGGCUCUUAAGAUUUUACAGAAGAGAGAUAACUCAGAAAGUAGGAGUAAAGAAAAGCAACAGAAAGAGCCUGAACCACCCAAACGAAAGGGCCGGAAUAAGGACUUGAAUGAUGAGGACAUACAAGUGAAACCAUCAGGAAAGGUGUCCUUAUUUGACUUCCUAGAAGAUAAACUGCCCAAUGUACCUGAUAAGGAUAAGAGCAAUCGCCAGAAUAGCUCCUCACAAGAGGAUAGAGGUGAUAGAAAUAAUUUCAAUUAUAGGGACAGAAAUAGUGGGGGCCGAAAUAACAAUCGCAAUCAAGGGUCAAGGUAUGACGGUGCCAACCGACAAAGAUCUGAUGGUAGGGGACAUUAUUCUCACGAUAAUCAUUCACAUAGAGACGAUAGAAAAUACCAGGCGCAGAGUGAAAAACCGCCGCGAUUCCAGAGGAAGUUAGAGGAGAAAAACAAACAACAGAUGCAGUUUCAGCAUCAACACCAGAACCAGAAUCAAUUCCAGGCCAACAGCAUGAAUAACAUGAAUAUGCAUUAUAACAAUUCAUAUCAGACCCUGCCUCCGCCGCCACAGAGCCAUUAUAAUGAUAAGAAUAUGAGAAGCGACAGAAAUUAUAAUAAUGAGAAUAAAAUGCAGCAGCAGCAGCAACAACAACAGCAACACCAACAACAGCAGCAGCAGCAACAACAACAGCAACAACAUCACCAGCAGCAGCAACAGCAACAAAAUUAUCGUAAUGCAGCUAGUGCUAUGGAGAGUUUAGUGGACGCUACAGCUAACCUGAACUUGUUAGCCAGUCAGCGGGCUGUGGAAGAGUUACAGCAGCCGCGGAACUACCCGCCUCUAGAACAAGUGUACGCGAAGCAAGCAUACCUGGCAGCACAAAGUAUGGCGGACAUCCCGCCGUUCAGACGUGGUGCUGAACUUCAGAAGUACCCGGAACAGGGCUACGCGCGUAGUCGGCAGCCUAAUGGCUACGUAGAACCUCGUCAGAACCCCAUGUACAGCGGCGCGGGCUACGUAGGCAACGCGGGCGGCUACGCCGGUCGUCAGUUCGGAUACGCGCGUAGCGAGUUCGCGGGCGUGCGGACGGCGCCGUUCCUCGCCAACUCGCUGUUGGGCUUCCAGAACGCCGCCGUCAAUGAGCAGGCGCGCGCGAUGCUUGGCGUCGCUGACAUCAACUGGAAGGUUGGCGACCGCUGCCUCGCGUUGUACUGGGAGGACAAUAAUUUCUACGAAGCCGAGAUCACAGGCAUAUCGGCGAACACAGUAGUAGUGAAGUUCUGUGCGUACGGCAACCACGAGGAGAUUCUCAAGACAAACUGCCUGCCCUUCCCCAAUCAAGGGUCCCCCGCGGACAGCGCGGCGUACCUGGCGCAGCGCGGCGUGUUCGCGGCGCGCCGGCCCUAGUGCCGCGCGGGGCCGCCCCGCGCCGGCCCGCGCCCCGCCAGCUGACCCGCGCCCCACCCGCCCCGCGCCCCGCCAGCUGACCCGCGCCCCACCCCGCGCCCGCCCGCCUCCACUCGCCCCCACAAAUAACACGGACAAGCACACACAUCAAUUGGAUUCUCGGUACGCAUUCUACGCAUUCAUUCUGACAAUUUGUAGAACUUUACAGCUGUUUGCGACGAACGUUUUAUGAGUUGAGAUUUUCUGUACAGCGGGCUUAGGUGUCGACAGACUGAUUCUGCAUACUCUCGAUGAUUAGGUGGAAGAUGAAAUAUGCUUUUAAAAUCAUUUAGUUCUUUAAAUUGAUUCAUUUUAGUGUCUUGCGGCUGUUGCCUCAUAGUUGUGAGGCUCAACAACCGUCGAUCAUAUAUGAAUGGUGCGUGCUUCUUAAAACUCCAUACAUGUACAUUCAUAUUCUGACUUCAUGCGCCUCAAUCGUGUACUGCAUUUGGCUACCAUCAGCCGCAAAGCACGAAGAUGUCUUUAUUAAGUACGUGAAAUUAAUCUGUCGAUAUCAUAGAUAUCAUAAAGCCCUUCAGUCGACGCGGCAUAAUGGUUCUCCACUAAGUCAAUGUUUUCCAUGUCGCUAUCACGCUUGACGCCAUAUUAGUUUCGUCGCACGAUGGCAGACGCAUCCGAUUCAAGAAAAAGCCAUUGCGAAUAACCUUUAUGGUAGUAGGUACUUGGGCUAAAAUCGCAUUUGUCACUAUCGAUUUGCUUUUGUACAUAGAAGAGCUUGUACCUACCAAAGCUUUCUCAUUGCAUCGAUUUGCUAAAACUUUCUUCACAAACUAACUGAGAAGACUGAAAUAUAUUUUUUGUCUGCUAACAUCUAAUUUGGCUGCUGCACAUAGCUCUACUAUUUUAUUGAAGCACAAAAGCAAAUGUAACGCAACCAUUACAUUUUCACGCAUUAUGCGAUAACAUACUAAAUAUAUGUGAACUGCAUGCAAAUCGAUAUUGAUAAGUGUGACUGCAGCCUAUCUCGAGUGACCCGCGUUGGUUAAACUCCACUUAUAGUUCGGGAUGAGUGAAUGAAGUUGAAUAUCCUUGCGAUCGAUGCGUUUGGUAAUAUUUCUACAGAAUGCCCUCACAGGGCUACUAUAUUCCCCAGUUCGAUCCGGAUCUCGUAAUUAUCGAUCCGAUGUGUAGAUAUCCAUAGUUGAAUGAAUAUAUGCGAUUGCUCAGGAUAACAUUCUGGGCCGAUAGUUAGCGGGUGUUGGAUGGGACUUGGAGAACCUUACAGUCAACAUUUUAAAGUACCUCCUUGUGAAGUAUGUAUAAUAAUAAUAAGUACGUGUUAAAUGUUCAUAUACAGUUCCGUAUGACACGCGGACGUUUGUGAGUUUUCAACUUUCUUCACUUAAUGUAUAAAGGGAAAUGAAAGGGCUCACGCGCCGCUGCGUAGCUUCUUGUUUCAUACUUGUAAUAUUUGUGUACAAAGGAUUUCAACAUGUGUUUGGAUAUUCAAGUAUAGAUUUGUAAUUUCUCGCAUUUAUUUGUUGUCUUCUUUUCAAAUAUUUGUUUUCGCUUCGUCUCUCUAAGACUGGUUAAGCAAUUAUAAAUUGCUAAAACCAGUUUCUAAAUAAACAAAAAAACAUAGACAAGUUUAUUACUUUUUCAGUUAUUAUUUUAUAAAAAAAUCGUUUAAUGUGUUCCAGAAAUGAAUCGUUGCCAGUGAUUUUUAUGACUACAAAUAAUAUAGAAAUUCACGAAGCUAUAAAUAAACGUAAUAGACCAAAAUGAUAGUCAUAAAAUGAAUUACGUAAUGUGUGAUUACGUCAGUAUAGUCUAUCUAUGUGAAUCAACAGUCAAUAUAAAUAUGAUGCUUGUUUUCAUUUCUAUGAUACAAGAUAAGACUCCGGAACAUAUUGAUGAGUACGAACUUUAAAGAGUAUUAUGCCUCAUUUCCUUUUUUUCUUUUUCUAGGACAAAAAUAUGUAUUAGGAAAAAAUAUUAUUAUUUAUGUUUUAUUUCUAUUAGGCAAUGAUUGAAAAUUUAUUUAUUGUGUUAACGUUUUUCUUAUACAAGGUGUAUGUUUUUAUUAUAGAGAUUUUGAUGAGGGAGUCUGUAUAUGUUAUUCUGGGCCAAAAACAGUGCCUUAAUUGAGCUUCUAUACAUUGAACUGCUUUUUGUACACGUAUAGUCAGUCAGUUAAUGUUAGGACGCCCGAUUAAAGUAUCUUUUGAUUGUUUUCGGUCCAAAAAAAUCCUGAUUACAUUUUCCUUGGUAUAAAAUAUACAGCCUGUAUAUUUUUAUCAUUGUCAAUUAUUUUUUAUGAGAAGCUACGCAGGUCGUGUUGUGUAUCUAGGUAUAAUUAAAGCGUUCUUAAAUGUUUAAAUAUAGGUAAUAUAAUGUUAAAAAGAUGUAACUCUCAUGCGUUAAUUUAUUGUCAGUCCGUAUGUAACCAACAGCAGUAGCGAGUUGCUUGUAUAAGUGUAUUUUGUUGUAUUUUUAGCGCAAAAUAUGUAAUAUAUUAUGAUUUCAGUUAAAAUAUUGUUUGAAAUGUAUUUGUUUUAUUUUAUAUCCGUGUCUAAAUAGAUAUAAAUAAUUGUACCUACGAAAUCACCUACCGUUUACUGCUUCAUGUUUAUAUUAAGUUAACACAAAAUGAGAUGUAUCUAUAGUUUCUUUUCUAUAUUGAUUUAUACGCGAUCACUAAUAAUUCGCACUUGCUACUUAUUUUAUAACGAUGUUUUCUAACUCAUUAGCGAUAGAUGAAUGGGAGCCAGUAGCAGGUGAGAGUAUAUUGUGAAAUCAAAUAGGACCAAUACCGUGAGAGGAAUCCGCGCGGGUAUUGUAUCCACUUCGGUAUCAUGUUAUAUUUCACAAGUUCCAAGCACUGGAUUGUCUAUUUGCUGCAUAGUUUCACAUGACGACCUCCGCGCGAUCGGGGUGCAACACUUGAGACUUGUACGCCUUAAGUUUUGUUUAGACUUAUUCAAAGAUUGUGUAAGACGGGUAUUUUUGGUCAUAUUAUAUAGUUUUUAGUAAGUGUAGAUAAAGAUCAUCUAAUACUCGCUGAAGUUAUAACAAUAUAAAGAUUUAUCCACGUAGAAUCAGUGAUAUCUACCGUGGUCUGCCUAAAUAAUGUAAUCUUUACGAACGGCCUUAUGUUCCUAUCUUUUAGAUGUUUAUAACUUUAACAAUUAAGUAGAAUUAACCAAUGUCAAACCAUAUUUUGUUCAAAGCAUCUAUGCUUGAUCGCGCGCUGGUCGUAUAUUAUCUUGAGUUUUUAAUCUAAAACUUAUUUUACUAAUCUGAUUGCAAUGUCAGAAUAUAAUUUAAUGUAAACCAAAGCUCAAUGACAUCUUAGUUGGUAGUAGACGCAGGAAUGCUCAUAUUGAUGUAAAACCGCGUUGAUUACAUUUGUACCACCAGUUUAUAAUUAUGUUGAGUUGAGGUGAACGUUUAUUAACAAAAAGCUAAUAAAAGAAACCGUGACA